AUGCCUUCGCCUUCGAAAUGCGAGUCCAUGCAUACUGGCAUUGUUUCGACGGGACUGUUCGAGCUUCGUGCUGUUAACGACUUCCCAACGGGUGCAGUUGACGGGCCACUUCCAGGCGGUGAGUUAAGGUCGAAUCUUGCCCAAGGACUAGUGCCCAAUGCAGCAGGUGGAAAUUGUCCUUCUGGAAUGAAUAUAUACAAUCUCGCCAUCAGAACAUUCUGGCGUGAAGUCAAAUUGAUUGGUAUCGAUCCAGGAAUGAUGUUCACUGAAUCCCUUCUGCAGGAUUUUGAAGCACCACUUAGGUUCACCCAAAUGGCAUGGGCUUCAACCUACCAGGUUGGAUGUGGCGUUCGCCUUUGUGGAGGCACCACGGCUGUCGUUGUGUGCCGCUAUAAUCCGCGCGGCAACAUCGUCAAUCAAAAUAUCUACAAUGUUGGCACAACAUGCUCACAAUGUCGCAACUGCACCACAAGCUAUCCGGGACUCUGUUUCCCUCCAACUUGA